GAAACCCUCCUCAACAGGAUCUACACUGAGCUCUACAUCACAGAGGGACAGAGUGAAGAGGUUAUUACCCAGCAUGAGGUGAGGCAGCUGGAGACAGCUUCCAAGAUGGAUACCCUCCGUGACACUCCAAUCAAGUGCCAUGACAUCUUUAAAACCUUACCUGACCAACAGAAACGCAUCAGAGUCGUUCUCACGAACGGCGUCGCUGGCGUUGGAAAAACCUUCUCAGUGCAGAAGUUCACUCUGGACUGGGCAGAGGGCUCUGAAAACCAAGAUGUCAGUCUGCUGGUUCAGCUUUCGUUCAGGGAGCUGAACCUGAUCAAAGAUGAGCAGUACAGUCUUCUCAUGCUGCUCCACGUUUUCCAUCCAACAUUAAAGAAGCUCACAGCAGAGAAGCUCGCUGUCUGUAAAGUGUUGUUCAUCUUUGAUGGCCUGGAUGAAAGCAGACUUUCACUGGAUUUCAGCAACAGGGAGGUUGUGUCUGAUGUCUCACAGAAGUCAUCUGUCAACGUGCUGCUGACAAACCUCAUCCAGGGGAAUCUGCUUCCCUCUGCUCUGGUCUGGAUAACUUCCCGACCUGUGGCAGCCAAUCAGAUCCCUCCUGCAUGUGUUGACAGGGUAACAGAAGUACGAGGCUUCACUGACACCCAGAAGGAGGAGUACUUCAGGAGGAGAUCCAGUGAUGAAGAGCUGUCCAGAAGAAUCAUCUCACACAUCAAGACAUCCAGGAGCCUCCACAUCAUGUGUCAGAUCCCAGUCUUCUGCUGGAUCUCUGCUACAGUUCUGGAGCACAUGUUGACCACAGAGCAGAGAGGAGAGCUCCCCAAGACCCUGACUGACCUGUACUCACACUUCCUACUGGUUCAGACAAAGAGGAAGAAGCACAAGUAUGAUGAGGGACAUAAGAUCAGUCCACAGGAGCUGACGGAGGCUGACAGGGAAGUUCUUCUGAAGCUGGGGAGGCUGGCGUUUGAACAUCUGGAGAAAAGAAACAUCAUGUUCUACCAAGAAGACCUGGAGCAGUGUGGUCUUGAUGCCUUGGUUUACUCAGGAGUUUGUACAGAGAUCUUUAAAAGAGAGAGUGUGAUCUUCCAGAAAACAGUCUACUGCUUUGUUCAUCUGAGCAUUCAGGAGUUUCUGGCUGCAGUCUACAUGUUCCACUGUUACACAGAGAGGAAGACAAGAGAGCUGAGGACUUUCCUGGGACAAGACUACAAACACUGGGACUCAAAACCUUCAAAGUGUUUUGAAAAUAACAGUAGUAGCUACCCAUCGCUCGAUGUCCUCCUGACUGAUGCCAUGGAGAAAUCCAUCGAAAGUGAAAAUGGCCACCUGGACCUGUUUGUUCGCUUCCUUCAUGGCCUGUCUCUGGAGUCCAACCAGAGACUCUUAGGAGGCCUUCUGGGUCAGACAGAGAACAGACCACAAAUCAUCCAGGGAGCCAUCGACAACCUGAAGGAGAUGAACACAGAUGAUAUCUCUCCUGACAGAAGCAUCAACAUCUUCCUCUGUCUGAUGGAGAUGAAUGACCGCUCAGUACAUCAGGAGAUCCAAGAGUUCCUGAAGUCAGAGAACAGAUCAGAGAAGAGACUCUCUGAGAUCCACUGUUCAGCUCUGGCCUACGUUCUGCAGAUGUCAGAGGAGGUUCUGGAUGAGUUGGACCUGAACAAGUACAACACAUCAGAGGAGGGACGACGGAGACUGAUCCCAGCUGUGGGGAACUGCAGAAAGGCUGUAUUGAGUUCCUGCAGUUUGUCAGAGAUCAGCUGUGCUUCUCUGGCCUCAGCUCUGAAGCCCAACCUCUCCCAUCUGAGACACCUGGAGCUGAGUGACAACUACCUGCAGGAUUCAGGAGUGAAGCUGCUGUGUGGUUUUCUGGAGAGUCCACACUGUAGACUGGAAACUCUGAGACUGAGCAGCUGUAACCUCUCAGAGAGAAGCUGUGAAGCUCUGUCCUCAGUUCUCAGCUCCCAGUCCUCUAGUCUGAGGGACCUGGACCUGAGUAACAACAAGCUGCAGGAUUCAGGGGUGAAGCUUCUGUCUGCUGGACUGAAAAGUCCACAGUGUAACCUGGAGAUUCUCAGACUGAGCAGCUGUAACCUCUCAGAGAGAAGCUGUGAAGCUCUGUCCUCAGUUCUCAGCUCCCAGUGCUCUCGUCUGAGGGACCUGGACCUGAGUAACAACAAGCUGCAGGAUUCAGGGGUGAAGCUUCUGUCUGCUGGACUGAAGAGUCCACACUGUACCCUGGAGACUCUCAGACUGAGCAGCUGUAACCUCUCAGAGAGAAGCUGUGAAGCUCUGUCCUCAGUUCUCAGCUCCCAGUCCUCUAGUCUGAGACACCUGGACCUGAGUAACAAUGACCUGCAGGAUCCAGGAGUGAAGUUUCUGUCCGCUGGACUGAAGAGUCCACACUGUACCCUGGAGACCCUCAGGCUGUCAGGAUGUCUGAUCACAGAGGAAGGAUGUGCUUCUCUGGCCUCAGCUCUGAGCUCCAACCCCUCCCAUGUGAGAGAGCUGGACCUGAGCUACAAUCAUCCAGGAGACUCAGGAGUGAAGCUGCUGUCUGCUGGACUGGAGGAUCCACACUGGAGACUUGACAUCGACACAAACACAGUAAACAGAAACCUCAAACUGUCUGACAACAACAGGAAGGUGACACAUGUGGAGGAGGAUCAGUCAUAUCCUGAUCAUCCAGACAGAUUUGACCAGUGGCCUCAGCUGCUGUGUAGUAAUGGUCUGACUGGUCGCUGUUACUGGGAGGUCGAGUGGAGAGGAAGGGUUGAUAUAUCAGUGAGUUACAGAGGAAUCAGAAGGAAAGGAGACACAGAAAACUCUGUUUUUGGAGAGAACGAUCAGUCCUGGAGUCUGAGCUGCUCUGAUGGUCGUUACUCUUUUUGGCACAAUAACAGAAAGACACGUCUCUCUUUCUCCUCCUCCUUUUCAUCAUCUUCCUCUGUCUCUGACAGAGUAGCAGUAUAUGUGGACUGUCCUGCUGGCUCUCUGUCCUUCUACAGAGUCUCCUCUGACUCACUCAUCAACAUCUACACCUUCAACACCACAUUCACUGAACCUCUGUAUCCUGGGUUUAGUUUCUGGGAGUCUGGUUCCUCAGUGUCUCUGUAGAGUGUAGCAGGGAGAGUCUCCUCCUGUUAGAGCUGUCCUUGAAAAUAGUGGGGCGCGGUGCGAUGCCGGGGGGGCGCGUGUGACCCUGGGGAACAUGCUUUUUUUUUUGGGUACUAGAAUAAAGUGUAAUUGCACAUCCACUACAGAAGGUGGCAGUGGCGCUCUCAUUGUCAGAGUGUGCACAGGGAGUAUAAAAGCUAUGCUGUAGGCGAUAUGAAGUGCAGUGAACAAACCCUCAAGAGACACCAUGGAAAAAGGGAUGAAAAGAAAUGCGGAGAGAGACAGAGGUAAUGAGACAAACGAAAGUCACCUGAAAGCUAAGACGAGGAAAUAUGACGAAGCGUAUGUAGCGCUUGGCUUCACUGUGAAUACAGUGGGAGACGAGGAAAGGCCGGUGUAUUUGUGUCUUAAAAUGUUGGCAGCAGACAGCAUGAAGCCAAAUAAAUUAAGGCGUCACUUAAAGACAUUACACCCCAGUCACGCUGAUUGCCCGCUUGAGUUUUUUCAGCGAAAACGUGCCGAAUAUUGCCAACAAUCAUCCCGCUUUGUGAAUGCUAAUUCAGUAAACCAGCGAGCACUGUUAGCAUCAUAUAAGAUGGUGUACCAAAUUGCUCAGUGAAAAAAACCCGGAGGAGCUGAUACUGCCUGCAGCAUUAGACGUGGUCUCUGUUAUGCUGGACGACGCAAGUGCUGCGAAAAUAAAAACUAUCCCUCUGUCCAAUGACACUGUUGCCAAGAACAGCUGGUAGAUAAACUCAAAGACAAACCUUUUGCCUUACAAUUCUAUGAAGCAACUGACAGGAACAAAGACUGUUUAUUGCUUAUGUACAUUUUGACAUGACAAACUCCCUGUGUGAGAAUCUACUAUUUUAAUAUGUCAGAGACAGAGCCACAGCUGAAUAGCUAUUCAAAAUGCUGGACUGCUUCCUGACUGAGAAUGGGCUAAAGUGGGAGAACUGCAUUGGUGUUUGCAGUGAUGGUGCACAGACCAUGGCAGGGAUGAGAAAAGGACUCUGGGCACUCAUCAAAAAGGCCUCACAUAAUGCUGAGUGGACACACUGUGUUAUACAUAGAGAAGCACUGGCCUCAAGGCACCACAUUGAGACUGAGGUUCACAUCACAGACACUGAGUGAAUUCUACCUGAAUGUAGAGAGGCAGUAUCCACUCUUAGGGCAGAAGGCUAUGGGCAUUCUUCUUCCUUUUGCAACAUCAUAUCUUUGUGAGACUGGCUUCUCUGCUGUUGCUGCACUGAAGACCAAGUACAGGUCCCAGCUAAACAUUGAGCAGGAGCUGAGAAUUGCAAUAUCAUGCUUCAAACCCCUCUUCGAAAAGCUGUGCACUGCAAAACAUGCUCAAUGUUGCCAUUAAUCCUGACUUCCUCAUUUUGAUAAAAAAAAAAAAAAAUCAGCACAAAUUGUUUUAUUCAUUUUUGUUUUGUAGGUUAAAGUGUUUUAUAUA